AUGACCAAGCUUUUCUUUCUUGCUCACAGAGUUGCUUUGGCUACUGUGAGCUACAGUCGCUGUGGCAGUGGGGGGCUCGGAAUGUUCUAUGCCGUGAGAAGGGGCCGCAAGACCGGGGUUUUUCUAACUUGGAAUGAAUGUAGAACACAGGUGGACCGGUUUCCUGCUGCCAGAUUUAAGAAGUUUGCUUCUGAAGAUGAGGCCUGGGCCUUUGUCAGGAACUCUGUGAGCCCUGAUGGUUCAGAAGGACAGAAAAAUAGACAUGCUCAAGAAUCUCAAGUAAAAACAAAUAAGCGACUCCGCGAGGAAGAUGAAAACUCAGAACCAUGUGCAAAGCAUGUAAAACAAAAUACAGAAUCCAUACCUUCAGUUAGCAAAGACAGAUUUUCUUAUAUGGGUGAAUUUGUAGUUGUUUACACUGAUGGCUGCUGCUCUAGUAAUGGAAGGAAUAGGGCACGAGCAGGAAUUGGUGUUUAUUGGGGGCCAGGCCAUCCUUUAAAUGUAGGCAUUAGACUUCCUGGGCGACAAACCAACCAAAGAGCAGAAAUUCAUGCAACCUGCAAAGCCAUUGAACAAGCAAAGGCUCAGAACAUCAGUAAAUUGGUUCUGUAUACGGACAGUAUGUUUACUAUAAAUGGCAUAACUAAUUGGGUUCCAGGGUGGAAGAAAAAUGGAUGGAGAACAAGCACAGGGAAAGAGGUGAUCAACAAAGAGGACUUUGUUCAACUUGACAAACUUACUCAGGACAUGGAUAUUCAGUGGAUGCAUGUUCCUGGUCAUUCAGGAUUUCUAGGGAAUGAAGAAGCUGAUAGAUUAGCCAGAGAAGGAGCUAAGCAAUCUGAAGCCUAA